CACUCUCCAAAAGCCAACAGCAGACAGAAGCAUAGACAGAGCAAAGACAACUUGUCUAAUAGACCGACAAGCAGGACGAACAAGACCAUGUCAGAACGCAGAAUACCCUUCACUUUCCUCCGCACCCCAAGCUGGGAUCCAUUCCGAGACUGGUACCAAGGCACAAACCGACUGUUCGAUCAAUCAUUUGGUAUGCCACGAAUACUUGAAGACUGGCACCAAUUCCCUAGCACCAGCUGGCCAGGUUAUGUCCGUCUCUUUCCAAGCCAGUCAAUGGAUGUCGUCCCUCCUACUACUCCAGCUGUUGCAGCACCUGCUGUGGCAGCUGUACCUGAUUUCAAUAGGGCCUUGAGCCGACAACUAAGCAGUGGGAUCUCAGAGAUCCGUCAAACUUCGGAUAGCUGGAAGAUCAGUCUGGAUGUGAAUCACUUUUCUCCAGAAGAGUUGGUUGUGAAAACUAAAGAUGGAAUAGUGGAAAUCACAGGAAAACAUGAGGAAAAACAAGAUGAGCAUGGCUUUAUUUCCAGAUGUUUCACCAGAAAAUACACUCUUCCACCAGGUGUAGAUAUUUCUUCUGUGGCAUCAUCUCUAUCUCCAGACGGUAUUCUGACAGUAGAAGCACCUCUCCCCAAGCCAGCAAUCCAGUCUGCAGAGAUCACUAUUCCAGUAACUUUCCAAAGCCGGGCUGAGAUUGCCAAAUCCGAGGCAAAGACAGCGGAGGAGGCUGCCAAGAAAUGAGAGGACCGGAUUUAUUUCACUGUGCUUCUGUUUCAAUCACAUCUUUUUACACAUAAAGUAGUUCUGAAAAAUAAAUGUAGAAAAAUAAAAGUAA